AUGGCAGCCACGAAGAAAGCAGUUUUGGGGCAGUUGGUGGGAGCAGUGGACCAGGGCACAAGCUCGACGCGCUUUUUGGUUUUCAAUCCAAAAACAGCCGAACUACUUAGUCAUCAUCAAGUGGAAAUAAAACAAGAGUUUCCAAAAGAAGGAUGGGUGGAACAAGACCCUAAGGAAAUCCUGCAGUCCGUCUAUGAGUGUAUAGAGAAAACGUGUGAGAAGCUUGGACAGCUCAAUAUUUCCAACAUAAAAACUAUUGGUAUCGGUAACCAGAGGGAGACCACUGUGGUCUGGGACAAGUUAACUGGAGAACCUCUCUACAAUGCUGUGGUGUGGCUUGAUCUAAGAACCGAAUCUACUGUUGAGAAUCUUCGUAAAAGCAUUCCAGUAAAUAAUAACUUUGUCAAGACCAAGACAGGCCUUCCACUUAGCACUUACUUCAGUGCAGUGAAACUUCGUUGGCUCCUUGCCAACGUGAGAAAAGUUCAAAAGGCAGUUGAAGAAGAUAGAGCUCUUUUUGGGGCCAUUGAUUCAUGGCCUAUUUGGAGCUUGACAGGAGGAGCCAGUGGAGGCGUCCAUUGUACAGAUGUAACAAAUGCAAGCAGGACGAUGCUUUUCAACAUUCAUUCUUUGGAAUGGGAUAAAGAGCUCUGUGAAGUUCCAAUGAAAAUUCUUCCAAAUGUCCGGAGUUCUUCUGAGAUCUAUGGCCUAAUGAAAGCUGGGGCCUUGGAAGGUGUGCCAAUAUCUGGGUGUUUGGGGGACCAAUCUGCUGCAUUGGUGGGACAACUAUGCUUCCAGGAUGGACAAGCCAAAAACACGUAUGGAACAGGCUGUUUCUUACUAUGUAAUACAGGCCAUAAGUGUAUAUUUUCUGAACAUGGCCUUCUGACCACAGUGGCUUACACACUCGGCAGAGACAAACCAGUACAUUAUGCAUUAGAAGGUUCGGUAGCUAUAGCCGGUGCUGUUGUCCGCUGGCUCAGAGACAAUCUUGGAAUUAUAAAGACCUCAGAGGAAAUUGAAAAACUUGCUAAAGAAGUAGGUUCCUCUUAUGGCUGCCAUUUUGUCCCAGCCUUUUCAGGGCUAUAUGCACCUUAUUGGGAGCCCAGUGCAAGAGGGAUCAUCUGCGGGCUCACCCAAUUCACCAAUAAAUGCCAUAUUGCUUUUGCUUCAUUAGAAGCUCUUUGUUUCCAAACCCGAGAGAUUUUGGAUGCCAUGAACCGGAACUGUGGAAUUCCACUCAGCCAUUUGCAGGUAGACAGAGGAAUGACCAACAACAAAAUUCUUAUGCAGCUACAAGCAGACAUUCUGUAUAUCCCAGUAGUGAAGCCCUCGAUGCCUGAAACAACUGCCCUGGGAGCUGCCAUGGCAGCCGGGGCUGCAGAAGGGGUUGGCGUUUGGAGUCUCGAGCCUGAGGAUUUGUCAGCUGUCACCAUGGAGCGGUUUGAGCCUCAGAUCAACGCCAAGGAAAGUGAAAUUCGUUAUUCUACAUGGAAGAAAGCUGAAGUCCAUGGGUUGGGUUAG